AUGUCGUUCGCCCCGCCUUCCGGACCUCCCCCGCCCUCGGUACCCGACGGAUGGAAAGCACAGUAUGACGAUCGAUACCACACUUGGUUCUAUGUGGACCUUGCCACGGGAAAAUCGCAAUGGGACCGCCCCGAAGGCCCCCCACCGCGCGAUGACGGCAAUAUUCCAAACAAUUCUCUUCCGCCAUCAUACGCCAAUGCCGGGCCUGGCGAUCCAGCAGUAAUAGCCAGUGCAGGAGAUCAGAAGCAACAUAUGGGAUCAAACAACCCCUAUAAUCCUUCAACAAAUGCUGGCCCAGGCAACGCCAGCCCUCACAUGAUCGACGAGGACGCACGACUUGCCGCCAAGCUCCAAGCCGAGGAAGACGCCCGGGCCCACACACGAGGAACCGGAGCCGGAUUGGGAGAUCGCGGUGCCUCAACGGACUACUACAACGAUGCCUCGCGGCCGCAGUCCACCGGUCCGGGCGGAUAUGCGGCGGGCCCAGCGUCGCAUAGCCCAAUGCCUGAGCAGGAACAGAAGCGCAGCAAGGGUGGAUUUUUGAGCAAGCUGUUGGGCAAGAGCUCGGGCUCAAGCAGCAGACCGCCUCGGCCGCAGCAACAGUACGCCUCAUAUGCCCAGCAAGGUCCUCCCCCUGGUGCAUACUACGGUGGUGGUGGAUAUCCUCCGCAGCAUGGCCCCCAGCCUGGGUAUGGACAUCCCGGACCGGGAUACGGAGGUGGAUAUGGAGGAUACCCGCAGCAAGGUGGGUAUUACCAGCAGCCAGCUCGCAGGCAAGGCGGUGGAGGUAUGGGAACUGCCGGUGCUGCUGCUCUGGGUGUUGGCGGUGGUUUACUUGGUGGUAUGUUGAUCGCUGAUGCUAUGGAUGAUCACGAUGAUUACGGCGGCGGUGAUGACUAUGGUGGUGAUGAUGGUGGUGAUUGA